AGAUAAGUUUUCGAAGCAAGACAUUGUAAAGAGACAGCAAGAUGAAUAGGAAACUGGAUUAUUUUAUAAGGUCAAUGAGAUGGCUACAGGCAUGUCACAAUGCAAGACCUUUUCCUAGAAAUGAAAUCAGAACAACUGCAUUUGGGAUUAGUGGGUAUAAAAGUUCUGUACAAAAUAUUCAACAUCUGUUGUAUGUUCCUUCUUGCUGGCUUCAUUCUUCUAUUUCAACUUGUUCUCAAAAUACAUACGUUUAUGUUGGGAGCAGUGGUGCAAAUGAACAGACAAUAGCUAAUGACCUUGAGCAUGAGGAGAGCUCCAAACUCACUCAAGUGAAUUCCUCAGAGGAAGUUAGAAAUACCACUGAAGAAAAGGAUGGAUUUAACAUGUCCCAGCAAUUUUUCAGUGACCUUCAAAAGUGUGUAUCUCCCUGUGAUGUACUAGACCUAGCUGCAAGAAGUCCAGUCUCUUCAAAGUAUGUCAGUAACUGUUUUUCAGCUAUGUGGAUGCUAAAAAAAAAAACACUUAAAAGUCAGAACUAUGAUGAGACAAAGCUGGUGCUUGAACACCCUCAGUUUCAACAGCUCUGCCAAUGCGUGAUGGAUGAGGCAAAGUACAUGGAUAGCAAUGAUUUGGCAUACAGUCUGCUUGCUGUGGUAAAAUUAGGAGUUCCACAAAAUACCCGGUUGGUUCAGACAUUACUGAGGACUUGUCAGGAACGUCUCAAUGAAUUUAAUGAUCGAUGUAUCUCAGUUGUUGCAAACACUUUGAAAGACAUGGAAAAAGGCAAGAAUGUGGAAGCUCUUCAGUUUGGACUACAGUUACUUUUGGAAGAGAAGGUCCACAAAAUAUCAAACGUGUUUAUAUUGCAAACCAUAAUGCGCAGUAUUGGGAAGGAUGUACCACUGAAACUUAAGAGAAAUUUGGAGAACAAGAUAUUGAGUCUGAUGGGUGAAUUUACAGUUCCAAAUGCUUUUCAAAUGUUCACUGUACUGGGUGAAAUGGAUUAUCUCUCUGUUGCCAUCCUGAAUGCUUGUAGUAAGACAGUAAUAGAAAACCUUGAAGGAACUCCAUUUUUGAAGCUGCUGAAUGUUUUGAAAAUUGGCAGACAGUUAAGGUACCAAAACAGGAUACUUUAUUCUGCAUUAGCUGAUUAUGUUGCAUCAGUCUUCUAUACGUGGAACAGAAAUGAGGUAAUUCUGUUACUUUCAGCCUUUGAAAACCUUGGUGUUCAUCCAGUCAAACUGAUGGAUAAAUUUCUUGAGGAAGUGAUGCUUCACCCUGAAUCCUUGAACCUGAAGGAGGUUAUAAUUAUUCUGCGAGCCUAUUCUAAUCUCAAUCACCUCCCCAGUGGCCAAAACCAGGAGUUUCUUGACAAUCUGAAUAGUAUCUUGAAUAAACAUCUACAUGAGAUUGCUGAUAUGGAUUUACUAAGAACUAUAUAUUCAUUCUGCCUUUGUGGAUAUCUUCCCCAACUUGCUCUUAAUCAACUGCUUCAAGAGGAAAUCCUCAAUGAUCUGGUAGAAUCAGGACGAAAUCAAAAUAUGUUGUCUGUAAUAAAUGUUUGCCUAGAACUUGAUGGAAAUUCUUCCAUGAAGUCGACAAUUUUAUCAGAGAAAGUGUCAUCUUUACCAAAGAAAAUACUUGAUUUUAGUCAUCCUGAAGUGCAGGAAGCCCUGCUUAGGCUUUUGGGAAAUGAGAAUUUGUUUCAAUCAAAUGUACAGUUGACUCAAGGAUACAGCUUAGAUUUUGAAAUCUUAAUAGAUACAAACCGACAAAUAGCACUGACAAGCACAGAAGCAGAUCAGCUGAGAGAUGAGUCCAACCUCAAAAGGAUAGCAGUGCUGUGCCCAUCUACAAGUGCUUUCUCUAUCCCCUCAGGACACCCAAAGGGCAAGUUGGCAAUGAAGAUAAGACAUCUAAAUCAACUGGGAUACCAAGUUAUAUUGGUUUUUUACAAGGAACUCCAAAAGCUGGACAAAGAUGAGGCAGUUUUGUUCUUCAAAAGACAAAUAUUUUUGGCAGAAAACAUUUAGCAUCUGAGUAAAAUACUCAAGAUGGCUGUGACUUUUCUGGGAGCAAGUCCCGUUGAGUUCAGUGAGGUUUGGGUCUUGAAUAUUAAAUUGUAGUAAUUGCAGUAAAACAUCUCUGAAUAAGAUUCCUUAAUAAUCCUG